AUAUAUCAUCAUCAUCACCUUAUCUUCCCAAUUAUAUCUUUAAGCCCAUGGCUGCACACACCAAUAGAGUUUCUCUUGCAAUGGAGAGAACUGGCCAAUGGGUAUUCUCUCAAGAUAUCCCAACUGAUAUUCUUAUUCAAGUUGGUGAAGCAAAGUUCCCUCUUCACAAGUUCAUGUUAGUAGCAAAGAGCAACUACAUAAGACGAUUAAUACUCGAAUCAAAAGAAGCCGAUAUGGGAAGACUAGACCUAUCAAAUAUCCCGGGAGGAGCUGAAAUAUUUGAGAAAGCCGCAAAGUUUUGUUAUGGAAUAAAUUUCGAAAUAACGGUACAUAACGUGGCAGCACUUCGUUGUGCUGCCGAGUAUCUUGAUAUGACUGAUCAAUAUUGUGAUGGCAACCUUGCUGGCCGAACCGACGAUUUUCUUGUUCAAGUAGCGUUAACAAGCCUUUCUGGGGCUGUUGUUGUGUUGAAAUCGUGUGAAGAUCUUCUUCCCAUUGCUGAACACAUUAAUAUCGUUCAACGAUGUGUUGAAGUUGCGAGCGCGAAGGCAUGUAACGAAGCGAAUUUUCCAAGCCGGUCACCCCCAAACUGGUGGACAGACGAGUUGUCAAUCGUCCACAUAACCUUCUUCGAAAAAAUAAUCGCCUCAAUGAAAGCACGAGGCGCGAAAACACUUACACUCGCUAGCGCGAUCAUAACCUACACCGAACGUUCUUUACCCGAUUUAGUCCGUGACCAUUCUGGUAGUGGCAUAAAAGCCUCAAUUUCAAUCUCCAGCACAACCCGAAACCAACAAAAACAACUUCUAAACUCAAUAGUUGCCUUACUCCCAGUAGAAAACCACCGGGCCUCAUUUCCUAUUAGCUUCUUAUGUUGUCUCUUAAGAACCGCGAUUUUUUUAGAAAAUGACGAUGUUUGCAAGAAGCAACUAGAAAAACGGAUAUCCGGGAUGUUGGAACAUGUUACAGUUGAUGAUUUGCUUGUGUUGUCAUACACUUUUGAUGGGGAAAGGUUGUUUGAUUUGGAAAGUGUAAGAAAGAUCAUAUCCGGGUUUGUUGAGAAAGAAAAGAGUGUGUCGGUUUUUAAUGGUGGCGAUUUUAGGGAAGUGGCGUCGACCGCGAUGCUUAGAGUCGCAAAGACUGUUGAUGCAUACCUUGGUGAGAUCGCGACCGCGAGUGAAUUGAGUAUUUCUAAGUUUAAUGGUAUUGCUAAUUUGGUACCGAAAAAUGCCAGAAAAUUUGAUGAUGAUCUCUAUCGGGCUAUUGAUAUAUUCCUUAAGGCUCAUCCGAACUUGGAUGAAAUCGAGCGUGAGAAAGUUUGUAGCGUAAUGGAUCCAUUCAAGCUCUCAUACGAAGCAAGGGUACACGCCUCGCAAAAUAAAAGAUUGCCGGUACAAAUAGUUUUGCACGCACUUUAUUUUGAUCAACUACAACUUAGAAGUGGCAAAAACGAAACAAACGUUCCGGAUGCGUUGAGUAUGCGGUCUCAAGUACAAGCGGACGUGUCGUUAGCUAAAGAAAACGAAGCCUUAAGAUCCGAGUUGUUGCAAAUGAAAGCGUUUAUAUCGGAUUUACAACACAAGGGUCAAGUGGGUUCGACGUCUGCAAGAAUAGGUAACCCGAAGAAGCCAACCUUCUUCUCGUCGAUGUCUAAGAAAUUCGGCAAGUUGAAUCCUUUCAAACACGGAUCGAAGGACACUUCUAAUAUCGAAGAGGGCGACGAACAUGAACAUACAAAGCCGAGAAGGAGACGUUUCUCCAUCUCUUAAACGUACUAAAAAACUUCACUUUUGAAUUACUCAAGAUUGAACUAGAUUAGUUGGUGUGAGGUGUGAUUUUUUCUUGUUAAAAGUUUUAAACAAUUGUUUAAAUCGUGAUUGGUGUUUUAUUUUUUGUUAUAUGUCAAUGUAUGUAAUGUAAUUAUAAAUUAUACAAGAGUCUUAAAAGUGUGUUUGUAGAAAA